AUGACUUACUGUACAUUCAUUACUUACAACGACAAUAUAUCAUUAGCAUGGUAUAUUAGUGAUGAUCAAAUGGAAAAAUGUAUCCGGGAAAUAGAAAAAGCGGACUGGAAAGAAAUAUAUACAGUACCAGAUGAUAUAAACAGUGGGAUAAAACAAUUAUUUUAUAUUUUUGAAGAGCCGUUCGUCCCAAAGAACACCGCCUGCUUCAGUAAGGGUGAAACGGAUAAAAUAUACAACAUAACAAUAUCAUGUGUGAAUUUCACCGAACCAGAAGCAGCAUUCAAUGACACGACGGAAUAUAAUAAACCUUUACCGGAGAAGUGGAUUCGAAUAGUACGUGUUGGACUGGCCAGCUUCUCUGUAUUUUUUGCAGCAAUUAUCGUCUGUGCCAUUUUAUUCUUAUUUGUCGUUCUUUUCAAAUGCAUCCAGCGAUUAUUGCUAGUUAAACGAAUGCCCACAUCCCAAUACUCUAUCAUCAAGCAUGUUGCUGCUGAUGAAGGAAUUGAAGAUGUGACGCAAGAAUCGAGCCAUCACGGUUCAACACUUCACUAUCGACAACAAAUUUCCGCUUCAAAGUUAUUGCAUCUAAAAGAUUCGCGCACAUUUGUUGGAUGCUUAUUUUAA